UGACCGUGCGUCUGGUCUGUCAACAUGAGUGGGCUCUGCUGGGCAGGGGAGCUGCAGGACCUCCUCUCACCGUGACCUGCAGAUAUCCAUGAAAUUCGUUUUAACCGCAGAGGAGCAGCCGGUGCAGGAGUCAGAGUGAGAGGUGAACAGUGCACAGCCUGGUGGUUACUGACAGCAAGUAGAAGUUAGCUCCUCUGGCGUCAACGCCAUGGAGCUGAAGAGUUAGCUUGGAUGCUAGCUAGGUAGGUGAUGGUAGCGGUGUCUCAGCCGCCGUAUCUUCAUUUUUUUUCACAUUGACGUUUUAUCAGCGGGAAGUGAAUCACUCCUGACGUAUUCACUUUCACUUCACUUCGGGAUUAAGAUAAGUUAUGUGGACUGUUUAAGUAGUUAUGAGACAGUAGCUGCAGCCGGCUCCUGUCCCCGGUGUUAGCUCGCAGAUAAGGAGACUCCAGGACGAGCCUGGGAAUGUUUCCUCUGCGUGACGGACCUUUUUUAACCUGAUAGUAGUUUUUAAAUGUGUGAGUGUAGUGUAAGUGUAAACAGUGGUUAGCAGGAGUCUCACAUAACGGUUUUAUAACUUCUGGUUAGCGGGUUGAGGCUCGGCUUUACUUGGAACAGCCAUGUCUCCAUGGGUGUCUGGAGCCGGAGGAUGAGUGCGCGCUGGCGAUGCAGAGGAUGCCACCAUCUUCCACCGGAGACUGUCCCGCUGAACCUAUCGAUUAGCUGACCCGUCAACCGCUGGAGAGCAGCGGGGGUCUCUGCUACUGCACCCCGGCUUUAAUCGUUUCGUCUCGCCCCGCUCCUGUGUCCCAUGGCGGCUGUUAGCGGGGUCAACAUGCAGUCCCAGCUCGGAGAUGUGGCGCUGGCGGGUCCCGGCGGAGCGGUGCUGCCCGCCGGGUCCAUCACCAACACCUCGGCGUCUUCCAGCCCCACGCCAGGCACCGAUGUACGAGGGUGUGAGAACGGCGCCCUCAUGGACUCCUUUGGGAUUUUCCUCCAGGGACUUCUGGCCAUGAUGGCUUUCAGCACGCUGAUGUUGAAACGCUUCCGGGAGCCAAAACGUGAGAGGAGACCCUGGAGGAUCUGGUUCCUGGAUACCUCCAAACAGGCCAUAGGAAUGUUGUUCAUUCACUUUGCUAAUGUCUACUUGUCAGACCUCACAGAGGAGGAUCCUUGCUCACUAUACCUCAUUAACUUCCUGUUAGAUGCAUCUCUGGGCAUGUUGCUGAUCUAUGCUGGGGUGAGAGCUGUCAGUGCUGUAGUAGAGUGGAGGCAGUGGGAGUCUCUGCGUUUUGGAGAAUAUGGAGAGCCAGUGCAGUGCACAGCAUGGUUGGGCCAGUGCAUCCUCUAUAUCCUCAUCAUGAUGUUUGAGAAAGUCCUCAUCAUGCUGGUCCUCCUCAUUCCCCAGUGGAAAAAGCUGGCUCUCCUCAACCCCAUACAGAAUCCUGACCUGGAACUGGCCAUCGUUAUGCUCAUCGUUCCGUUCUUCGUCAACGCCCUCAUGUUCUGGGUGGUAGAUAAUUUUCUAAUGAAGAAGCACAGGACAAAAGCAAAGCUAGAGGAGAGAGAGGAGGACUGUCGGGGGAACAGUAAGGUGCGCUACAGACGAGCUCUGUCCCAUGAUGACUCGGAGUCAGAGAUCCUUUUCUCAGCAGAUGAUGAAAUGGAUGAGUCAGACGAGGAUGAUGUUCGUCGGAUAACUGGCCUGAAGACAGUGAAGAAGAAGAAGCUUCGCAUGGGGAUCCCUCCAGGCGAGGUGAAGAAGAAGAAGCGUCCCCCUAUGAAGGAGGAGGACCUGAAAGGAGCCCGCAGUAAACUGGGACUGAAGGGCGAGGUCAAGAGUAAGACCUAUGAGGUCAUGAUGGAGUGUGAGCGUAUGGGCAAAGUGGCUCCGUCUGUGUUCAGUGGUGUGAGGUCAGGGACGGAGACGGCCCUGGACAAGCCUACUGCUGCCAAAGCUCCAGGAGCCAGUGUGUUCAGCAAGUAGAAACUGCAGGACAGAAGAGAGAGAGAGCUGUGGAAAACAUACACGACAGUCUUUAAGUGUUUGAUGAUAUGGAUUAAAAACAGAGGGUUUUAUCACAUUUUAGUAGAGAUCAUGGUUUUAGAGAUAGUUGCUUAAUGCUGUGGGAGUGUGUUGACUUUGUUGCUAUGUAAGCAGUGACUGUACUUUGUUGUUUGAACAGUGCAUCAGACAUCAGAUUUUGAUUAAAGUGGCUCAUGCUUUGGAUUGAUUGCAUCAUUGAUAUAUCAGUAGAGACUUAGCUUUUAAAAAUAUAUAUAUUUACCUAUUAUUUCUGCUUUUACUCGACCACUUCCUUCUUAAAUAUUUUCCCCUUAUAUUAAAAUAUAAUUUUUUUUAUUAUCAUAGUUUGUUUGUAGUAAAUUAUAUUUGGGGCUUGAAAUGACUAAAUGCAGUAAAGAGUAAUCAUGGCAGGUUACCUCAGGUCUUUUGUCACUGUUACUCCAAUAGCUCCAAAAAGCACAUAGCUUCUGUUUGCACUCGUAUACAAUAUAAAUGGCACGCAAUAGACCUGACGACUAAUUGUUAUAAAAGUCAGAGCUCAAGAUGAUUUGGGCUUUAAUGUUUUCAGGUGUUUUGAAUUUAUAGAAGAAAGUGUUUAUUUGAUUAUCUACCACCGUCUCAUUCAUAUAUGUACAACAGUAGCUCUCCAUACUGGAUGUAUCUGA